AUGUAUCCAUCGAUUAGUGACAAUAUCAAAGAGAUUAAUAAUAACAAAUAUGUUGGAUUUAUUUUAAUAAAGAAAAUUGAAUGUUUAUUAGAUUCAGAUAAAAUCUUUAAAAAAGCUUAUUGGAGUGAGAAUAUUUUAUUAAAAUUAUCUAAACCAAAAAAGAUUCCUAAAGACACAGAAUUAAUUGUUAGAUGUUGGGAUAAUAGAGCUAAAAGAAGAGAUGGAAUCUUGGCUGAAAUAAAAGUGGAUCUAAUUAACCUUGACCCUCAUGAAAAUAAAGUAAAAUUGAGAUCAAAAGAUCGUAAUUUCGAAAUUGUUUUUGAAAUUUACUAUAUAUUAAAUGAAAAUCCAAAAGCUUCAUCAGAAAUAUUAAAUAAUAUAAAACUUAAAAAAGAUAUGAUUGGUAUGAUGCUAAUAAAAGAAAUAAGUCUUGAAGAUUUGAGCAGAGUUCCUGGUCAUUUAGAGAUAAAAUUGGGCGAUGAAAUUCAUUCAACCAAUUAUCAUUAUAAAACAGUAAAACAAACUGGAUGGAAAUAUCCAAUUUCAUUUCUAAUAAAACGCAGCUCUAAUACUUUAAUAAUAAAACAGCAUCUAUCGUCAAGUCAUAGAUUUCCAUAUUUUAAUUUAAAGAUUAAUUCUUAUUCCAGCGAACUUGAGAAAAAAUUUUGGGAUGAUUUGUUACUAACAGGAUCCACAAAAAUUGGACCAGUUUCCAUUCAUGAUAACAAAGGAAUAUCUUCUAAAAUAGGAUUUAGGUUAUCUUUUCACAAAAUCAUCAAAUUAACUCAGUUAUUACCAUCUGGUACAAUCCCAAUAUCUCCACCAUUAGCGAAAAAAAAUAACAAUCAAUUCAAAACAUCAUCUGACAAACAUUCUAAAGCUUCAACAACAUCAUCUUUCCUACAAUCAAAUACCAAUGCUAAUAAUAAAAUUUCUCGGCUAAUGCCUUCAAGAAAGUCAACAGCUUUUUCUUUUUCUUCUUCAUCCUACUCUUCCUACUCCUUUUCCUCUGAUAAGAAUCCCAUUGACAAUUCACCGGAAAUACAAUCAUUGAUAUCAUUUGAUAGUAGACCAACGUCACUGCAAAUUCAACAAAAGAUUUCGAAUACACAAAACAUUAAUGGUAAAAAUAAUUUUGUUUUUAAUAAUAACGAUGAUGAUAAUAAUCAAAGGAUAUUUUCAGAUAAUUAUGUUAUACAAAAUCUAUUACUAAAUAAUUACAACAACAACAACAAUGACAAAGAGGGAUAUAAGAUUUAUACUGGAAAAAAUAUUAGAAAUGAUGUUAUUGUUAUAAUUAAAAUAUUUUCAAAUGAGUUUCUUUGGGAAAAUGAAAUGAAAAUAAUUAAACAACUAAAAAGUUCCUUUAGAUAUAUUCUAAAAUUUCAAGACACGUUAACAACUAACAAUGAUAAUGAUGAUAGUAGUAGUAUUAGUAAGGAACAUAUUAUUGUUAUGGAAUACUUUGGCAAAAGUUUAGAUCUUAGCCUCGACAAAUUUAAUUCUUUAGAACUUAUCAGAGAAUUGUUCUUGAAUAUUUGUAAAGGUGUUCAAUUCUUGCAUAAUAAUGAAAUUGUUGUAAGAUUUAGUGCACCUGAAUUAGUGUUAAAUUUAAAUUCUGGUUCGAUAUCACAUUAUGCUAUUGAUAUUUAUUCAUUAGGUUGUUUACUCUACUAUCUUGUUACAAAACAUUUAUUUUACACAACAACAACAAAUAUUCUUUUAUUUGUUGAGUUGAACACAAUUAAAGAGAAAAUUGCCAAUGAAAUAGAUAAUGACAUUAUAAAUAUCUUGAUUAUUAAAAUGCUUGAUUUCAUGUUUGAUAAUAGACCAACAAUUGAUUAUACUCUCAAAAACUAUUAA